AACGUUUAAGUUCUUGUUAAAAUGGCCCAGCUGGUUGUGGACCGAAUUGGUUUGGGCCGAUGCGACCAGCAUAUGAUUUAGCUUUAGUUUAAUGUAACAUUCGAUAGAUUUGAAGAAUAUAAAGAAUUUGCUAAAGGGAGACCAGGGAGUUGCUGGGGAGACCAGGCCCAAGCUGAUUAGGCCAAGCCGUCACGGUAAAUGUAGCAGUCCUACAUAAUUGUAGGCAGUCCAAAAGACGGCCGGACGGCUCGCUGGCUAAGCCUAUGUUGGGCAAUGAAUUAAUCUUCAUCCGACCACGAGAUUUAUUUUAUCCGUACGGAAAUGCAACAGAUCAGGAACUUCCCAAAGAGGAUGAUAUAGGAAUUGAGGUGCACAUUGCCAGGGACUUCCCAUAUUUCGACUCGAAUCACAGAUCUCUCUUCGUCAAUGACAAUGGUAUCCUAUCGUUUAAUAAGUUGGUGGAGGCAUACGAGGCGGAUCCCUUCCCAUUGGACGAUAACCGGCGUUUGAUUGCCCCCUACUGGGCAGACGUGGAUCUCAGCAAGGGCACAGGUUCAGUAUUUUACCGUGAAAUCACAAAUGAUGAAGAAGUGUUUGACAGAGCAACUAAAGAAGUUUUAAGGGUGUUUGGAGGUGAACUUGGCUUGAAAAAAUUCACUACAAAAUGGAUUUUUAUAGCAACAUGGGAAAAUGUUCCCUAUUUUUAUCUCACUGGAGUAGGUGAUAGAUACAACACAUUUCAGACAGUGCUAAUAACAGACGGUGUAUUAUCAUUCGUUAUGUUCAAUUAUGGACAACUUGAGUGGACCACAGGGUUGUCAAGUGGUGGGGAAGAUGGACUAGCAAAGGGAAACAAGUCUGUUGCUGCACAGGUUGGAUUCAAUGCCGGUGAUGGUGUUAAUUUCUACUCAGUUGUUGGUUCGCGAACCAAUCAGAUCCUUAACAUCAAUAGGACGUCAAAUGUUGAUCGGAUUGGACGGUGGAUGUUCCGGGUUGACUUGACGGACAUUGUGGCUGGUGGUUGUUAUGACGACAUUGACGACGACAGGCUAUCGAUCAGCCCCAGGGUUGGAAGCCUUCUAGGAGGAGAGGUGUUAUAUAUCUCUGGACCCUGUUUUGAUGAAACCAAAAGCAUAAAAUGCAGGAUAGACGGAGUUGUUACAUCGACUAGUUACAAACAACACAGUCCAUUCACAGUUGAGUGUGUAACACCAAUGUUGCUAAAGGUCGGAGAUAUUUCAGUGGCUUUGUCAAUAGAUGGGGGGAACACUUUCCCCUACACGGGAUCUAUUCAUAUCGUGAGUCUUGAUAUAAUACGUCCACCCAUCACCUUCACCUCCAGUGGCGAUACUUUAGACAUUUCCUGGCCAGUGGGAAAUUUUCCGUACUUUUAUUCUACUGCAGAAGACAUCCGCGUGGAUCUCAACAUGUAUACCUACCAAGAAGGAAAUUCUAAUCGUAGAAGCAUUGGUGGCGACAUUAGGCUGGAAAAAUUAGUAACCGUUGUUUCAGACAUUGCGUUGACGACUGCAGGCUAUGAACUGGACCUAGCGUCCUUGCCUGUGGAAGGAAAAGAUGUUGGACUACUACAAAUAGUGGAGCAUUCUGUAGCGCCCUCUAUAGAUGUUCAGCCUAGUAUGUGGAGUUUGCCUUUCAACCUUAAUCCCAGUAAUUCUGACAGUGCCACAACGUGGUGUAAUGAGUGGGCUAGGACAGCGGAGGGGGUAAAUCCAACUGAUGACACACCUCCCUGUCCAUGUACUCUGCAGCAGGCUAUAGCAGACACAACCUGGUACGAAGAUGACCCCUUCUGUAAUAAAGGAUCACAGCUAGAGCGUAAUUGUAAAAACAGACCUGACGCCGUACAUUGUGUAAGAGCUCGUCUUCCAAGUACAAACGGUAAUGGAAACCAGUGCUGCUAUAGUGUGGAUGGAUACAUCCUUCAUCUAGAAGACUUCUCAUCAGGCGGUAGCCAUCAGCUUUAUCACCAUGCCGGUGCUUCUCCUUACGACCUAGUCGGCGAUAUCCCAUUCCUCUCAAACUACCUGUGGGACGUGAUUCCCUGGAAUCAAUGCUGCGUAAGGUCAAGUAGUCACAGCUCAUGCCAAGCGUACUUGAAUAAAAGACCGUCGGACCAGUGUCUUGACUACAACACACCUGAACCAGCAAGUAUAUUUGGCGAGCCACAUAUUAUUACAUUUGAUGAUGCCAGGCUGGCAUUCAACGAGCUGGGAGAGUUUGUCUUGAUGCAGUUGACCUCUGCAUCCGAGUUGACCUCUGCCACAGAGUUUGAGAUUCAGGGAAGACUGCAGCCAUUUAACAAGACUGCUACAGAACCAGGAACUGUUGGCACCGCCCUGACUGCCUUUGCUGUGUACUAUGCUAAAUCCACGACAUACAUCCAAGUGGUGCUUAGUGAACGUCGAACAAUGGAUCUAAUGGUGUGGGAGGAAGGACAGAUGACGGAAUGGCAGUUGAUUGAUUUCGCGGCAGGAUCAUGGUGGAGGUUGAAUGGUGUUACUGUUUCUUCAACUACGCCAUCAGAAAUCUUGAUUCAGUAUGAUAAUGGAAUAUCAGCUCAGGUCAGAGUUCAUAGUAAUUCAACAGCCAUGGCGCUAUUGGUUUUAGCACCUGAGUCCUUCAAGAUGCGGACAACAGGACUUCUAGGCUCAUGGAAUGAUAAUCCUGAGGAUGAUAAUGUAUCAUCAACUGAAUUUGUGGUUGCAGCUUCCAAUUCCUUCUUUCACUACGAGGCACUAGCAAACUACACAACAUACAAUCAGCCUGGAUUCGUCCCUAUAUCCACGUUGCCGUCCACUAUACCGGAGGAACAGGUUAACCUUCUAUGCGGGAAUAGCAUGGCAUGUGCUUAUGACUAUCAGAAAACCGGAGAUCCAAAUGUUGCCAAAGGAACUAAAGACGCGGAGGAGGAUUAUGAUAAUACGGAUGAUUCUACAGAAGAUGUUUCUGUCUGCCCUAGAUUGGAUGCACCCGUUGACGGCACUAAGAUAGGCACUGUUUACAUAUAUGGUAUGAGUGUUUCCUUCACAUGUAGAGAGGGAUCAACGUUAGUGGGCUCAGAGAGUCGUACUUGCAUCAACGGGGCGUGGUCAGGAAAUGCAACGUCCUGCGAAGGUCCAGAACCAGAUAAAAUUACAAAAACAAAUAUCAUCUUACCCCUAGUCAUCGCAGCGGGUGCUUUGUUUGGAAUAAUCAGUAUCAUUAUACUAAUAAUGAUAUGUAGGAUCAGGAGAAACCGGAAGAAAAAGGAAACAAUUGAGAUGGACCCGACCCAUGAGAGGGGACCAAGCAAUAUUCCAAACCCUGGUUAUGAUGACUUCGACGAAACACCACCAGAAGAGAGAAAAAAUGUAGUUCAAAUAACUCCAGGAGGUGAUCCGGAGUAUACUAAGUUGGAUGAUCAUAAAAAGAAGGGUAUUGAUAACGACUAUAUGUCAAUUCGCAAUGGAGCUAGAUUAUUAAAUGGAUAUGACUAUCCGGAUGAAAAGAAAGAAUCAAAGAAACAUGUUGAUACAGAUUCCGAAGCAGAAGAUGAAAUUGCUGCUAUUAAGAAACACUUCAAAGCUGAGAGGGAAUUACAAAUGUAGAACAACAGGUGCAGUCUGAAUGGAUACAAGGAAAUCUUCAGGAACACUGUUGCAUUACUACAAAGACACAUGGCAACAAUUGUGUUGCAACACAAUGGAAUCUUUCGCUAAACCCCGCCUCUUGGACAUUGUUGAUAAGGUCCUGCAAAACGAAAUUUGUAAACACAUACGUGAACACAUGCAUCUCUGGGACAACACGUGUGUUUGUAAGACGCACUCGUAUUCCUGGCUCUGUUCUGAUUGGUCGGUUGUUAAAUUUGAUUGACAUGCAAGAAAGUUCAAUUGCAGUAGGAUGCACAACGCUGGAAUCACAUCCAAGAAACAGUUGUUGAGUUUUAGUAUCGUGGAAACAAGCAUGUUCGUGGAAGUACUUUUUUUAAAUCUUAUCUAGUUUCAGUUUUAUUUGUUGAAACAAGUACAUAAUACAAUACCAUAGAGGGAGUAAUAAGUUUUUCAGCCAGAUAUUAUGCAAAUCUCUUUUUAAAUUUUUAUUUACUUUUUUAAAAUUGUAUUUCUUUACAUCAAUAGCGACUUAAUUACAGUACUUUCCUAUUAGAUAGGUGGCAAUCCCUUCACAUGUAUUAUUAUUAAUUGUUCUUGUAUAGCGCACACUGCUAGAUCCUCUAUGCGCAUUCCAGAAAAAUUAGAGAAAAAUAAAAAGCAGAGCAAUAAAAAGGCAAUUCAAAGUCAAAAAUAAAAAGAUGGAAAAACAUUUGAAAAAUUAAUCGAAAUGUUGGUGAAAGAGGAAUGUCUUGAGAUAGAACUUGAAGGAACAGACCGAAGGAGCAGUUCGAACAUCCAAGGGGAGUUUAUUCCAGAGAUUUUGAGCAAAGGAGUAUUCAAACGACAUACACAUUCUGCUUAUGGAGUGGAGUUGUUUUGUGAUCCUGGGUUCAAAUCCUGGAAUCUGUUAGAAGAAGUCAUGACUUCCGGAAGAUCCUGGUUAAUCUGGUCUUUCUUAGCUCAUAUUUAUGCUGUGCAUAUCAUCAUCCAUCGGCACUGUUUUCCUAGAGUCAAUUUGACAAUAAAGAAGUAAAAACAUACCAAUUAUUAUGAAUUUGUGGAAGGUUAUGUUCCAGGAGAACUUUCUUUGGAAGAGUGUGAGAGACUGUUCUGAUUUCCUGGAGACUUGGGACCUUUAAGCAUCCACUUGAAACAUUACUUGAACUAAUGAUGUUGGUGGUGAUUUCUAUCUGGAAUAUUAUGGUGCAUAUUAAUCAAUUACUGUACAUGGAAAACGAGCCUAUUUUAUAACCGUGCAUAGGCAACCAUAAGCAAAUCUUGAAUAGGAUUAUUUCAACUCAAAGUAUAAUUAAUGUUGAACUUCACUGUUAGACUCUAAUUUUGAUACUUUUGGAGAGCACCAAGAGCGUCUAUUUAUACUACAAGUAUAGUAUGGAAUGCCAUUGGUGCAAAGAAGUAAUAUGGAACGCCAUUGGUGCCAAAAUCGAUUUAUUUUUAAUAGGUUUCACUGAUUAAGACUGAAAUCCAGUCUACCUUACUGUCAGUGCAUGUCUGCAAUAAGUUAAAGUAAUUUGAGUUAUUUGAAAGCAUUGUAGUUUGAUUUUUAAAUUACGCUGUUUUAAUAGGUGCUACAGUUUGUUUAAAUCAGAAAAUGUGUUGUGUUUUUAUAUCAUAUUUUUAGAGGGUGUCCCUUCAAGCUUAAAGCCCAGUCUAAACUAUCAAAUUUUAUUUUCAAAAAAAAAAAAGUGACACGGCUAAAUAUGGUCAUACCAUAUAUAGGCACAUUAUGACCGUAUAAUGGGCAUACAACAGUUUGUUUUUUUUUUUAUUAAAUUUUCCAAUUUAGCCUACUGUUGAUCAGUUUAAGGAUUUUUUAAAGUAAAAUGUAAAUGAGUGAAAACUAUAUUUUGAGUUUUUUAAGUUUUUCUUUUUUGUUUUAAGUUCUAUUACAGGCAGUAUAUUAUUUUAAUAAUCAUGAUACAUUUUUUUUAACAUGUAUAUAUUAAUAUUAUAAUGAUACUGUUUUGCGCUAUUUGUACAUAUGUAAAAAAAAAAAACAUGAUAUUGUCUUACAAAUUAAGAUAUAUUAAUGCAUUGACUGUAAUGUAGUUAUUCAAUAUAUAAAUUUUAAAAUAUUGUAUGAAUUUUUAUGACUUGUAAGAAAAGAACAAUUAAUUGUUCGGUAAACAGUGGUUUCUAUCAUUUUAUAUACCGAUUUCCUGCUGCAAUUCACAAGCACUGAUCUCUACUAUAAAAGCUAUUACAGUAGAGAUCAGUGCUCACAAGUUACGAAAGCCCACUG